UCUGUAAUUGUUCAGUUCAGAGUUUUUUUCUGUCUCUCUUUGGAGUUUGGAUGAACUGAGCCUUUACUUAACCUUCCACAUAAAAUGAGUUGAAGAAACGGUGAUAAAAACACGACCUUAGAUGAGAAAUAAAGGCCUAGUGGGUUCUCUCAGAACCGUCUGUCCCUCCGUCGGGCUGUUGGCGCUCUACAGAGAACAGUUGCUUCUUUCUCUGCAAUCCGUCAGAUCUCAGAUGGAAAGUGAUGAUGCUGCUGCAGCAGCAGCGUCGUCAGUCAGGCAGUAAACAGGACAGCAGGAGAUCAGUGGGCGGGAGGCAGGAAGACGUAACAGGUAAGGAAACAGUGAUGCAUCGACGGGUAGACUGACACGGAGACAGCCAGUCACACCUUGAGGAAGUGAGCACAACAACAGCAGCAGAACAAAAGACGAGUCAUCACGGAGAUGGGCUUCAUGCAGCACUUGGUUACUGUUCUGAUGAUGUCGGUCCAUUUGGGCCGCGCCGCUCCUCCAGAUGCAGAGGACCUACUGGACGGGAGGCAGAGAGUGCUGGCUGUGUCCUGCAGGUCACUAUCAGAAGUCUUGUACUGAAUGUGCAGUGUGUCCUCCUGGAAGCUUCACGACGGACUGGAACCGAGAGGACAGCUGCCACCGCUGCUACAGAGACUGCUCAGCAGACUUUCAGCUGGUGGUGGUUCAGAACUGCAGCAGGACGGCGGAUCUGCGCUGCAGCUGUGCGCCCGGGUUUCGAUGCACUGAGACGUCCCCAUUAACUGACAACUGCAGAGUGUGUGAGAAGAUCCAGGACUCGACUACAACCGCAGCAGUGAAGUCCACCAGAGACCAGCAGACGUCGUCCUCAGCUUCCUCCAGCCCCUCCAACACCUCCAGCCCCUCCAGCACCUCCAGCACCUCCGGCACCUCCAGCACACGCUGCUCACCUCCACGAUGUGGAGCUCAGUCCGUCCCGGCAGCAGACAGCAGCACCCAGGUUUCAGAUCACUCCAGAGUGCUGGCGGCCAUUUUGUGUCCGGUGGUGGUCAUGUCCUGCGUUGCCGUGGCGAUCCUGUUUUGUGUCCGUCGGCCCGGAGACGAGACGUGUUUCAGACAAACCAUCGCUAAGCUCUGCAGCAAGGAAGGACAAAACGCGUCUCACAAGUCCAAGGACUCGACUCGUCCGUUCAGCCGAGACUCGUUCGGCGCCAAGCAGCCCAACUCGUCCGUUGCAGCUAAUCUGGGUCCGGUCCACGUGCACAACGCCGGCACCGUCGUCUUCAGCCUGCUCAGCCAGUUCACGGGCCACGUGGGCCCGACCGUGGAGGCAGGCGAGGCCGAGCGGAGCAGCCCGGAGCCCGACGGAGGCCGUCCCGUCUUCCAGCCUUCGUCUCCUCACAUCUCUGAGGAGGAGCAGAGCGGCGACAGCAUCUUCUUCCCCUCCCAGGAGCAGGGGAAGGACUUCCACAUGUCCAAGGAGGAGGCGCUAUGAUGCAGACACCAGAGGUUCUGGUGCUUCCAGACACUUUCUUUAUCUGAAGGGAGUAUAAAAGUGGGACUAGAGGAGCAUGGAGACUAGAAGAGCAGCAGGAACAUGAUCUUCUUUGUAAGUUUUAAUUUAAAACUCUUGUAAAUACUCUUAAAUGAGCUGUGAGCGGUUCAUGUUUGUGUACAUAGCAGCCACUGUGACCCAAGUGACAUUUUAUUUUGAAUAAAGAAAACUAAGUAGAAA